GAAGAUGGUCUAUGGAAUAUGGAUGUUGUCAUAUGGUAAUUUGGUAAACGUGUGCGAAAAAUGAAAAAUUUGACUCGGUGAAGAUUCGUAGACGCAGUUGGAAAAUGAAGAAAAUAAAAACGAAAUUCCAACCGCCUACAAACUCAAAACUAAAUUAAACAAAAAAAAAAACAUCGCACCAUUAAUUUUUCUCUCUAUAUCUCUUUUCUUCUAAGAGUCUCCUCUUCGGUAUUUUUUUAAAAACUUCCCUCGACAUCGUCUUCACUCUUCAUCUCUUACAAGUUACAUCUCUAAUCUCUCUCUUCCCAAUUCCCUCAAAAUCUGUAAUUGUAAUAAUUAAAAUAUGAAAUACAGUUUGGUGGUUUUUAGAUAACUCCGGUAAAAUUAAGAUGAGAUGAUCCGGUGAAAAGUGUGAUGACAUGCAUCCUUUCUGCUGUGUGUCUCCAAUCUCAGAUCCAAUGCCGCCUAAUUCUCUCUCCUCCACCGAUACUUGUUCGAUAAUUCACGAUAACGCCGCCGUGAACAGGAGAGAGAUUACCAAUGGUAUCAAUUCUAUUUCUAAUUCUAAUAACAGUCAACAGAUGUCGACUGUUGAUCAAAGAGAAGUGAAGAUUAAUGAUAUGAUUGGUAACGGCAUAUGUGGGAUUCUAUAUAAAUGGGUCAAUUAUGGCAAAGGUUGGAGAUCUAGAUGGUUUGUACUUCAAGAUGGAGUUCUUUCUUAUUAUAAAAUUCAUGGCCCUCAUAAAAUCACUCUUACUUUAGAGUCUGAAAAAGGGUUUAAGGUCAUCGGAGAUGAUUCUAUGCGUAGGAUUCGCCGCAAUAGCAGUAACAAUAAUAACUCACAUCAUCUUCUUCCUCGGAAGCCUUUUGGGGAGGUUCAUCUUAAGGUUUCAUCGAUUCGCGAGAGUAGGUCAGAUGAUAAGAGAUUCUCCAUUUAUACUGGAACAAAGAGACUGCAUUUAAGAGCUGAAACUCGAGAAGAUCGGAUGGCUUGGAUGGAUGCAUUGCAAGCUGUUAAGGAUAUGUUUCCUCGUAUGUCUAAUAGUGAACUCAUGGCUCCUGUUGAUAAUCUUGCUAUGUCUACUCAAAAACUUAGGCAACGUUUACAACAAGAGGGUCUUAGUGAAGGAGUUAUACAGGAUAGUGAGCAGAUUAUGAGGGUUGAGUUUGCUGAAAUCCAGAAACAACUUGUUUUACUUAAGCAGAAGCAAUGGAUGUUCAUUGAUAAUUUGCGUCAGUUAGAGACAGAAAAAGUGGACUUGGAGAACACAGUUGUUGAUGAAAGUCAGAAGCAAUCAAAAGAACAAGGGGCUUCUUCCAGUACAAAGCAAGAUAAAUCUAGUGAGGCAACUCCAAGUGAUUCUGAUAAUGAUAGGGCUGAUGCUGCUGAGGAAGACACAGAUGAAGAUGAAAAUGCCUUUUUUGAUACAAGAGACUUUUUAUCGUCAAGUUCUUUCAAAAGCAAUGGAUCGGAUCUGAGAAUAUCAUCUUUCUCCUCUGAUGAUGAUGCUUUUCAUGCUUUUGAAUCUGAGGAGGACAUUGAAUCUUCUAUAAAAGAUGCUGUAGCCAACUUUCCUUAUGUUAAACGCCGUAAGAAGCUGCCUGAUCCUAAGGAGAAAGAGAAAGGAGUUAGUCUUUGGUCUAUGAUAAAAGAUAACAUUGGAAAAGAUCUUACAAAAGUUUGCCUUCCUGUGUAUUUCAAUGAACCUAUCUCUUCUCUUCAGAAAUGCUUCGAAGAGUUGGAGUACUCUUAUCUCCUUGACAGAGCAUAUGCAUGGGGGAAGCAGGGCAACAGCCUUAUGAGAAUCCUCAAUGUAGCUGCAUUUGCAGUUUCUGGAUAUGCUUCUACUGAGGGACGAAUCUGCAAGCCAUUCAAUCCAUUGUUGGGAGAAACUUAUGAAGCUGAUUUUCCUGAUAAAGGGCUCCAUUUUUUCUCAGAGAAGGUAAGUCAUCAUCCUAUGAUUGUUGCCUGUCAUUGUGAUGGAACUGGAUGGAAAUUGUGGGGAGACAGCAAUUUGAAAAGUAAAUUUUGGGGUCGUUCUAUACAACUUGAUCCUGUUGGAGUUCUGACCUUAGAGUUUGAUGAUGGAGAAGUCUUUCAAUGGAGUAAGGUAACAACAUCCAUAUACAACCUUAUACUAGGGAAGCUAUAUUGCGAACACUAUGGUACAAUGCGUAUACAGGGAAAUCAGGAGUACUCCUGCAAGCUGAAGUUUAAGGAGCAGUCUAUCAUUGACCGAACUCCACGCCAGGUACAAGGUAUAGUGCAAGACAGAAAUGGGAAAACAAUGGCGACAUUGUUUGGAAAGUGGGAUGAAAGCAUGCAUUAUGUAAAUGGUGACUGCUUAGGUAAAGGAAAGGGAUCCGAAGCUUUUUCAGAAGCCCACUUGUUGUGGAGGCGAAGCAAGCCUCCCAGAUAUCCUACCAGAUAUAACUUAACUCGCUUUGCAAUCACAUUGAAUGAGCUUACUCCUGGAUUGAAGGAGAGAUUACCACCCACGGACUCUAGGCUAAGGCCCGAUCAGAGGUACCUAGAAAAUGGGGAGUAUGAAAAGGCGAAUGCAGAGAAGCUACGACUAGAGCAAAGACAACGACAGGCACGGAAAAUGCAAGAAAGGGGCUGGAAGGCACGGUGGUUCGCCAAGGAUAAAGAAACCGACACAUAUCGAUUUGUCGGAGGGUAUUGGGAAGCCAGGGAACAGUUGAACUGGGAAUCAUGUCCUGAUAUCUUUGGCCAAAUUCCGGCUGAAAUGUUGGACUGAUGGUGAACGAGAUAAGGAUCAACUAUCUAUCAACGCAAGUCUGUGUCUGUCGGCACCUUAUAUUGCCAAAAGUGUAAUCAUUUAGGCAUAUUCUUAUUUCUAAGCGCUGUAUUCUUGAUUGGUGUUGGCUAUACAUGAGAAUUUCAAGAUCAAUCAAAACCCCAAGUGUCGGCAACUUAUUGCCAAAAAAAUCAUACUAUCCCCUAAUGCCCUGUUAUGUCUAUAACAAUAAAGGAGGAUAUGGUAACUAUUUCUAAUUUUAGAAUUUUUUGUACAGGAAACUUGAGGUCAAUACUUAUGGUAGUUUUUGCCCACCUCUUGCAAGUUCUAUUUUCUUAAUAGAAUUUA